AGUACCAAAACCCUACAAAACCCUAAAGCCGUAGCGGCGACAUCAAAGCUUCACCGAUCGCAAACUCUUUUAUAUAGGUCAAUCUCAAAGUUCUCUUUCUUCUCCAAAAUUUCGAACAUCAUGGAAGGCAAGGGAGCUAGCCGAGACCUACUUGAAUUAGAACACAAGAAUCCUUCUUCUCUUUCCUCCUCUGCUAUUGAUUCAGCGCUUUUGAUCCGUAAGGAGAAGAAAAAGAAGAAGAGGGAGGAGGCUCCUCCAUCGAAGCCAACAAUAGCUCCAGUUCCCAAAAGCGAGUUUCUAGACAAAGCCAAAGGCUUCUUGGGGGUCAUGGCGGAAGCUAACAAAAAGCUGGAGCAAGAAACAGAGGAAGGAAACUCUGAGGCUUUUGAUAUCGAAGCGCUUACUGGGAACGAAUCUCAAGUCAUUGAGAUGGAUUUGAUGCUUGGUGUCGCUGAUCUCAACACACCUGAAGCUGUUAAAGCUGCAGAAGCAGCUGUUGCUGGUAAUUGUGUGGUUAAUGUAAGUGGAGGAGAUUCAAGCAGCGAUGAGAGUGAUGGUGACGACGAAGAUGAUGAUGUUAAGAUGAGCUCUUUGGAUGAAGAAGGUGGCAGAAAACAAACCAAGAUCGUUGAGCUCUCUUAGAUUUUAUGUUUUCUCAAGUUCAGUACUUAAUACUAUGAUUUUUUGUCGUUUGUUCUCAUAUAAAAAAAAUACUACAUUUAACCAAAAAAAAGAAAAGAAUACUUGUCCUAAUAA